UACACUGAUCCUUGCAGGAACAAUCACUUAUCGUACACAGUUUUCCUCUUUGGUUAUGCUUAUAUCUACAAACAGACAUUUGCGAUACCAGGAUCGUUUUUCUUGAAUCUUCUUGCUGGAGCACUUUUCGGCGUGUUUGUUGGUUCUAUUCUCGUCUGCAUAUUGAAUCCUAUUGGUGCAUCAGGAUGCUUUCUAUUAUCUGCAGUUUUUAUGCAACCAAUCAUAGAUCGAUUCUUCUUGCAUCGACUGCUGACCCUUCGGAGAAAGGUCGCAUCGGAACGAGAGCGCUUGUUUCUGUUCCUGGUUGGCACACGAGUCCUUCCUUUUUGUCCCCACUGGCUUCUGAAUAUCUGUUCGCCAUUCAUGGGUGUGUCCUUGCUCAUGCACGCAACUACGAUCCUACUAGGCGAGUUUCGCGUUGAGUUGUGGUGUUAUCACGAGUCAGUUUGCUUUGUUCUAGGUCUGAUUCCUUACAAUGUGUUAUGUGUUCGAGCUGGUCGUUUGUUAGUUGAUCUGAACACGAUUCAUGACGUCUUGGAUCUGCAGACAAUCGCCGAACUGCUAGCAGUGGCGAUUUUGCUAAUCUCCAUUGGAUUUUUCUCAAAACGACGACAAAAUAAUGAUGACGAAUUGCAGUCCUCGUCUACUAAGUCAUGA